AUGGAAUCGUGUGAAACAUUUAGUGAUAUUGAUAAACUUUUUAUCGACUAUGAGGCCAAUGAGGACGAAUUUAACACUGAAGAUGGAUUAUAUAAUAAGUAUUGCCCUGGAAAAAAUGGAUCUAAAAGAUGUGAUACUGAUUAUGAAAAACUGGGCGCUAUUUUUGGAUAUGCAUAUGUGGAAUUAGUGAAAAAUAAUCAGGUGGAUCUGGAUAAUGGAAAUGACCCAAGUGCUGAUUUUUUGGUCAUGGCAUUGUCUAAUAUGUUAUAUAAAUUAUCAAAAAAUUCGAAUUUAUCUCUAAAAGAUGCAUUUAAGAAUCAUUUAAAUAAUCAAGGAAGUUUUAAUUAUUCGAGUAUCUUACGUAAUAAAAAGUAUUUUAGUGAUUCUAACAUUGGUAUUAUGAAUGGAUUUUAUUUUUUAUUUCAGCAAAUUUGUGAAACAAUUAAUAGAUAUAACAGUCCUAAUGCACAAAUACACGAACACACAAUCGAUAUUACACAAUUCUAUAUUAUUUAUUACACACUUUAUAAUUUUGUUAAACAAUGUGAUCCGUAUCUUCAAUUAUUUAAUCAUUUAAAAACAAUAUAUGAUGGUAUUAUAAAUGGUGUUGUUAAAUUCAACGACAAUGACCAAGAAUUACGUAAUAAUUUUAAAACUCUUUCAUCGAUCGAUACAACCAAGUUGCUAUCUGAAUUCAAUACUGAAGGAUGCAGAAAUGUGCAUAAAAAGAUAGAACAAAAUACAUCCAGGAUUAAAGAGAAGUCACAAGAGGACCGAGAGGACCAAGAGGGCCAAGAGGGUCAAGAGGAAGAAGAGGAACAAGGCGUAUUUAAUACUUUAAUCGGAUUAUUAGGUCCUGAUGAUGACGAUGAUGAUAGUGAUGAUAAUGAAUUAGAAAGUAAUGAUGAUACCACAGAAAAUUCAUUGAAUCAAAUACAAAAUGACCAGGAUGGAACACCAUUAGUACCAGGACCACAACAACCUGGAAACCUAGCACAUGCACAAUCACAAGAAGGGCCACAAGGACAACAAGCACCAAAACCAGCAGAAUCACCACCACAGCAGCCACUUGGACAGCCAUCAACUGGGCAUUCAUCAUCAACAGGCACACAAUUAUCAUCAGGUAUAACUUCAUCGACGAGUGUAUCCACACCAACGACUACAACAACUACAAACACUAUAACAACACCUGGAACAAAUACAACACCAUCAGCAGAUACACAGAAUGGAAUAAUAAAUACUCAAGAUAAUACACAAACUGGAGCCGAUAAUCUAAAAAGUCCAAAAGAUAAUGCACAAACGAAAAAAAUCCAAGCGGGUAACUCCUCACCGAUUUCCCAAAUACCAGAGUCUGGAAAUCAAAAGACAAAACCAGACACAUCAUCUGAUGGAACUGGUACACAAAAAAAUCCAAUUAGUAAAGUAGGAGACUCUGGAAGAAAAACCGAUCCACCAAGCAAUGCAAUAAGUCAACAUCAAAAUCCAGAUGAUAUCCAGGGAGGUUCUGGUGGAGGAUCAGGCAGUGGUGGAAGUGAUGCGCCUGGAAGUUCAGAAGGUGGAUCUGGAGGUCCCGUAGGUGGAAAAGAUAGUGGGGGAGGAGUUCCAGGUAGUGAGCCAAAUGGUGGGUCAAAGGCACCAAGGGAUCAAGCUGUAACGCAUCCAUCAGAAAAAUCCAAUAGCGGUUGGCUAGGAAUUUGGGGAACUAAUUUUAAUCCAAUGAGUUAUAUUCCUAGUCCUUCCAGUAUAUAUGAAACUCCAAAGAAUAUUUUAGCAAGCACCGCCAACAAAAUCACUAGUGCAUAUAGUAACACUGUGGAUAAUAUAAAACAUGCCUAUAAUAGAACUGUGGACAGUGUAACAAAUGCUUAUAAUAACACUAUGACCGUUGUAAAAGAUACUUAUAAUAGCACUAUGACCAAUAUAACAAAUGCUUACACUGCAUCUACUAAUUAUAUUAGUGGUGCUGUUAGUAGUAUAACUAACCAAUUAAGUUCAUUGGGUACUUUUUCUCAAUUAGGCGAUGAUCAAUCUGAGUUAGAUGGUCCAGGGAAUAGUUUGCCAACAGACAAUAACCCAGCAAACACAACGAAAAUUCCAAAUCCAGAUCCAAAUUCACCAUCACCAUCUAUAACACAACCUCAGUCUCCAUUAGUAACUUCACCCCCAUUGCCACCUCCACUAAAAUCUCUACCAUCAUCUCCAUUAUCACCAGUAACUUCAUCAGAUCCACAAACUCUACCAGAUACGGGAUCACCAAAAUCACUCGAUCCGCAACCUAUCUCUACACAAUUUUCCAAAAGUUCAGAUCAACAAAGUACAUCUAACGAUGGAAAAGGAGUAUCUCAAAUACCAUUAUCUGCUCAAGUUGCAUUACCAAGUUUUGGUGCAAGUCCUUUAAAUAUAGGGAAUAGAAAUAAACCCUCUGGGACAGAUGUUAAAAUUAACAAAAAACUAUCAAUAUGGUGUAUAGGAUCAAAUACAAAAUGUGACAUACUAUAUAUUGGUAUUACAGGAAUUUCAAUAUUCGUUUUCUUAGCAAUUAUAUAUAAGUAUUUACCAUUUAGAUCGGGAAAAAAUUCGAAGAAAAAAAAAAGCAUGAAAAGAGUUAUAAAAUAUGGUGAUGGAACCAGAAAGACACAAAUAAUUAUAAAAUCAUAUGAUAGGAACAAAAACCUAAAACCGAUUAUAAAUUCAGUUGAUAGAAAAAAAGAUUCAUUAUUAAAUAUAUAUAAACUUAUGCAGGCUGAUCCUAUACCAUUUAUUAAUUUAUUUUUUUUGUUAAUUUUUUUUGUUUAUAAAAGAAAAUUAAAUUAUUUAGAAUUAUAA